CUUGUCAACGCGCAGACCAAAUUUAAGAACAGGAAUAAAAUGGAAGGAUGCAGUGACCCGGUUUCACCACAUAGCGGCGACAGAUUCAAACUAAAGCUUUUCAGUAGAUCCUCUGAUAGCGCUGUUAUCUAAUGUUAUGAUUUGUUGUUUCAAAUAGGCUGAGUGUCCCCAGUGUACCAAUGAAAUGAUUGCGUAAAUCUCUGGUCCCAUUAUUAAUAUGCUAAUAAUUAACGAUACGUCAACAUUAAAACCUCAAGGGAUAGUUUUGGAGUGAGGACAUCUGGCCCCUGGAUAGUUCAGUCUUCAAUGAGGCUCUCAGGCUCAGUUUAUUCGAUCAACAGAACAUGUAUUUUUCUUUUACCUCUGUUUUAUACUAUCAUUUAUUUAGAAAUAAUAUAGGUUAUUAGGAUAUAAGCUGCAUGGCAAAAUUGGGUGUGCGCUACUCGGAUGGGUGGAGGGUGACACCUCUUCAUGAAACUGAUAACGCACAGCAUAUUUCUCUCAGCGUGAGGCUCGGCUGACUCUCUGGAGUAACCAAGGUUAAAGUCAAACUUGCAGCAGGAGCAGCCUCACCGAUUCACACCGAUGCCUCAAAGCUCCCAGUCAUUCUGCUCUCCUCAGCAGACACUCGCAUCCUUCCGCUCCGGUCAGAGGACACGCUGCAGCCAUGGGACAUCAUCUUACCAGCGGGGAGACUGCAGAGGAUCGGUCUGUGUCCCUGCCUGACUGAAGGUGAGUGUCCCGCCUGGAUGUCUCUGUUUAAUGGCGCGUCCGGACCUGUGGGCUUAAUCAAGGCCACUGAUUCAUGAACUGUUUAACCUUGAGGAUGCAGUUAAGGUCUCACUGUGUGCUCAGUGAAAGCACCGCAUCCAUUUGGGUGAUCGCGAUGUGUCUACGGAGAUGAAGGUGAUGGUGGUCAACACGGUGAUAUUCACACAGAGGGAGGAGGAUGAUGGAGGGUCCUGUAUGUGAUGGUGUAGUAGCCUGCAGACCUGAGACACACCGCCCUGUAUCUUGCACGCCAAAACUUAAAUGUUUUGGGACUUGUCGGUAGGUAGCUGCACGUACAGACAUCAAACAUGACUUUACAAUAGGUAUUUCAGGAUUGUGUGGAGUCGACUGCUAAAUUCGGCGUCAUUUAUCCUCCUCUAAAGUUUCAAAAUGUUUCGCAUGCUAUCUUAACAACUCGCCAGGCCAGCUGCAAGAUACUUUAAAUCUGGAAAAUGUGAUUAAUGGGUUUAGUGUGAGCAGAAUUUGAAUGGAUUCACACGCUGUAGAGUGGAACGUUUUCAAAUGACGUUUGUUGUGAGUGAUUCAAGGCUGUAGGAAAAGUGAUGAUUGCUCUUCACGUUUAGAGAGCGCAGUUUUACAUGUUUUCCUACGUAAUGUAGUAGUAAUCUAGCUAGUCCUCCGUGGAUUUGCGUUUAACACUUUAUUAACUUGCAAAUCUUUUUAAAACACCCACAAAAGGCCGGGUGCCAAAAGACUUAAAAAUAAAAAUACUAAUCUUGUGUCACAAAACCCACUCCGACGUCACAAACUGUGUGGCUCCCCCUGGUCCCAUCGGCUAUGUCCCAUUUAUCUAACCUAUGUGUGACUAAUUACCACCUAUGCCCACAGGUGUGCAGGUAAUCUAUAGCAACCACAGAGCCUCACCAGCCACACACCUACGUUCAUACACACAAACAUGCACAAAUCUAAAUUGGCUGUAACACGUCUGAUAGGACAUGGACAUAUGAUAUAGUCUACUCUCCAGUAUAUACACAGGAUAUAAAAGGUCUACACAUCUCUGUUUAGAUGGCAAGUUUUGUGAUGCAAAAAAUAAAUAAAUAAAUAAAAAUAUAUAUCAGACUGAGACUGAUCACUUCAGAACUUUUCCCACCUUUUAGCGUAACAUGUAAGUAGUGCAAUUCAAUUGAAAAAUGAGCUAAAAUCUGUUAGGGUGAAAAGAAAAAAUAUAUAUAAUAACAUGAUAAGUUAAGUUAUUAUGAGGUAUCAUAAGGUAUCAGCAUGGCACACCUCACUUUGGGAAUUUUUGUUCACUCUUCCUUGCAUUCCAAAUCUGUCAGAUUGCGAGGGCAUUUUCUGUUCACAGACCUCUUUGGGUCAGCCCAGCCACAAAUUUUCGGUUGGAUUCGGGUCCAGGUUCUGGCUGGGCCUAAACUUUAAUCCUCUUCUGCUGAGGUUAUUCUUUUGUUGAUUUGAAGGUAUGCUUUGGGUCGUUGUAUUGCUGAGAGGUGAAAUUCCUCUUUGUCUUCAGCUCUUUGGCAGAGCCCUGAGGGUUUUGUGCUGACAUUUGUUCAUAAUUCAAAAAUAAUUCAAAAAACAAAGCCCCGGUUCCUGCCGAAGAAAACCAGCCCCGAAGCAUAAUGCUGCCACCACCAGGCCUCGCUGUGGGUAUGGUAUUCUUUUGGUGAUGCUCAAUGCUGGUUUUGCACCAAACAUAUUUUUGGAAUUAUGGUCAAAAGGUUCAGCCUUGGUCCAAUCAGACCAUAACAUACUUUUCCAUGCCAUUUCCCACAUGCUUUUGUCAGACUUGAUGUAGCGUUUUGGUUGUUUUUCUUCUUUUCAGGGUUUUCUGAUGUAAUAACUGAGCCUAAACAUAACCACACACACACACGCACACACACACACACACAUCCCCAUCCCUCCUUCACCGUGUCUCUCCUUCAUUUUUUAUGAAGCUAUAUGUUGAGCAACGCAAACCUGAAAGCACUGAACACGCACAUUCACGUCACUGGGAGGCAAAUCCGUUGAGGUCAUGAUGAUGCUGAGUCAUCUCUCUGCCUCUGUAAGCUGCGAGUGAGUGUGAGGGCGAGACAGACUGUGUGGGUUGACUUACAUCAACUAAAUUCCUCACAGCAUCAGAACUAUUGUUUCUCUGUGCAUCUCUAAAUUUAUUCUGUUAAAUCCGGGGACAUAAUAUUGGCCGGCAAUUCUGUCUGUCUGAUGAGCAUGUUGCUUUAGGUGCAAGUGCAAUAUGUUCUGAGGCAGGAGUUUGGAAAGUUGUCAUGGUAACAAUCAUUUUUCAUCAAGAAAGAAGAAAGAAGAAGAAAGAAGAAAGAAGAAAGAAAAAGAAGACAAGUCAAGACAAGUCUAAUAGCAGAAAAAUGUGCGUACUCGGUCACUGCUUGAAUUUGAUUGGCCAUCCCGGUGCCAUGAUGGAUGAUGCUGGGAUGUGUUGUGGCAAAGGUUCGGUCAGAUGUCGACUCUGCUUUUGCCACAUCUGCUGCAUCAGCCGAGUGGGUCCGUUCAAGAGGACGAUGACUUUGUUUUGUCACGCAGUGCUGCUGUCAGUGUUAAGUUGACCUAAGACAUUUAGUGACUCACACCUGAUGCAUUAUCAGCCUGGUAAUGAUAAAAUUUACUUCAAGUAUAUGCUCAAAUGAACAAACGAGCUAAUAUUUGAUUGGUAAAGGGAAGGCCUUGUUUUUAUGAAAUAUAUGUGGUUUGGUUUUACUUGUUAAAUAUUUUUCUAGUUCUGACAAUAUGUCAUUACUGGCAGUUUUUGUUGGAGUCAUAGCAGCCCUGUGCUGGCAAUGCCAGUUCAGGACCUGGACCUGGACCUGUACUUGGACUGAUGCUGGGGUGCCGUUCAAACUGGGUUUGGCACAAGUCUGGCAACUGCGCUUAGUCUGAGUUAUUUCUUCUGCCUGGCAGAUUUGGGCCAUUAUGGGUCCAGACAUCUGACCCUAAUGCUGUUUUCUCUGCAUUAGAACAGGUUAUUUUUGGCUAUUUAGCACAUACCAGUAGGCUCCUUUCAUUAUAUUAACUGUCUGCGUUGGUUAACCCUGUACAAACCAAGUUUAAACCAGUGAAGUUACUGGCUAAUGUCUGUUUACGUUUGCUACUAAAAUUUUUAUCACGGAAAGUAGUUUUACUCAAUACUUAAAUUAAAACUAAAUACCACCAAACCUGUGAUUUAUUGGACUCUUGUUGAGUAAACAGGAGAGAGAAACUUAGCUGUACAAUCUAAAAGGUUAUUAUGCUUUGUUUGUAUUUGUGUGCUACUUUUAAACUGAGAGCAGCUGUGUGGGUAUGAGACUGGCCUUCUUGCUCUCUUUAACAAAAACAGGAAAUGGUUUUACUAUGGCUGACAUGAAUGCACAAUGUGUUUUACAAUCUUAAAAACUAUGAGCAUUAAUAUUACAUACUGUGGACAGUGGGUGGAUUUGAGUCCCCUGAGAUGAAAACCACAAGCAGUGGCACAUCCACAUGAAGUCCACGUGAAGGAGAAGGUGGCCGUGAGCCUCGUGAGCAAGGUUAAAACAAUAUAGUUAAGAAUCAGCAAAUGUUUUGGUCGUGCUUAGAUAAAAAGAUGAAAACUGUCCGUAAACAAACAGUUGGGACUUAAAGGUCAAUAUGUGGUCACCCUUGGGAACUUUCCUCUGUACUUGUUUAUUUUGAACUGCAUUUUAAAACAUGCUCAUUUCACAUAUUUUCAGAGAAGUUAAGUAAAGUCUUUUCCAUAAAAGAAAUAUAUCUAACACAGGUAUAUGUGAAAUUAGAUAAACAAAACAGAUAAACCAGGAGUGUUUUGACUGACUCUGUUGUUAUUCCUCUCAUAUUUUCUUUUACUCCCUGAGGAGUUCAGUCAAACAUUAAAUAACCUUACAUGAGAAGGGGAGUGAGGGGGUGGCACACAGACACCCCCUCAGGGUUACGGUCGCUGAGAGAGGAACGAGAAUUUUCCAACUACACAGGUCAUGUGUAUGUUUGAACACAACACACAGGAAAUGGGAUUUUACUCACUAUGGUAUGAAACAGUUAAUGCUGACUGCAUGAAUCACUGCUGUAGCUUCCCCAAGUCUGAUGACUAGCAAUGAUUACAAUACCAACUGAAUUUAAAUAAUCAGCAAGUGGCAGUGCAUGCACACCCUCUCCCACACACAAACAAACUUCAUGAAGCAGUUGUUCUCAUUAUUGUAUUUAGAUUGUUAAUAGAUGUGCUGUUUCCAGUGGCUGAAAGCUGCAAUAUUUUAUUUUUGACCCUUUGGGAGCAGCGAUCACUCAUCUGGAGUGGUGGUCGUGUCCCCCUGAUGAAUAUCCACCACUCAGUCCCUUUUAGCUUUGUCUUCAGCCUCCCACGGAGCUCUUUAGCUGCUAAAUGCUCCACUUUGUCGGUCUGCUGUUCUCUUCUGCCACUGAUGCUGGUGAUGAGGCUUAGGAUGUGUACAGGAUGUGACCUGCUCUGUCUUUUUGGACCUUUGUUUUUGAACUCACAAAGAUGCUGCUGUAGAAAUAAGCCCUUUUGAAGAGAAUUAGUGGCGAGUGUGUAAUGAUAUGUACUAUCUAUACUUAACCACCCUAGAAACGCUUCACAGGGAACGAGUACUGAUAAUUGUGUGUGUGUGUGUGUGUGUGUGCGUGCGUGCACAUGCGUGUGUUUAUGUGGGUUAUGGUCGCUGAUAAGCCAGCGGGAAGGCAAACCCUGAUAAGUGCUAUUUGUUUACUCUGCGUGAGGACAGUGUGUGUGCGCAUGUGUUUAUUUACUGUUUGCACAUUCACAAUUACCUGUUUUGUGGAACAGAGUUUACACUUAAUACAUAUAUAUAUCAGUACGGAGUGUACUGUGUAGGCCUACAGUAAAGCGGAGAAUGUAUUACGGAUUUGCGUUGAUGUUUGCAUCUGUUUUUUCACUGUUACACAAAUGACAAUGAGGUUCCCUCGUGUUAUCUUUUGCUCUUUUCCUUUUCACACACUGUGUUUGUGCCUCCUUAUUUCUCUGCAGAUAAACCGAAAAGGUGUGGCUUGGGGGAACCUAUAGUGUAUAGGAGGCGCACACGCCGUCCACUGCUUUUAGCUUUAUAUCCAACAUAUGCAUUUUUAAAUUGUGUAAGCAAAGAUCAGCAGCUGUAUUCUGUUUUCUUGCUGGGCAGACAUGAACAUGCUGGCUUUCACAUAUUUGGAUGUGUCCACUGUUGACAGACAUAAAAAUGACUAAGUCUUGAUGUUGACAACUCUGCAAGAAAGCUUGAAGAUGAUUUGAAUCAACCAGACCAGAAAGCCUGUUGAAUCUACGUUAUGACUGAAUUAGAAGCCUCUGGGGUGGGGGAACAUCCCCCGCCCUACAUGAUUUUUGUGGUGGUCUUCCUGUUCUUCCUCACCGGACUGCUAGGCUUCCUCAUCUGUCACCUGCUGAAGAAGAAGGGCUACCGCUGCCGCACUGGAGACUUGGAUGAUGAAGAGGAGGAGGAGGAGGAGAAGCUUGAAGGAAAUGCAGAUGAGGAUGAGGAGAACCAGGAUACAGUGGAGCAGAUCCUUAAAUGCAUCAUUGAAAAUGAAGCUAACAUGGAAGCCUUCAACGAGAUGUUGGGAAACCACAAUGUCUGUGUGCGCCAUGACCCCAGGUUGCGCAAGGAGUCUAUUGGUGGUAUUCCUCCCCAUCACCACACGGUCCACUCAGGCACCGACCACAACUCCUGCCACCUCUGUGCUCAGGUGCGGUCGAAAAAGGGCAGACGACAAAGCCGAACCCCCCGCUCCAAGCAGCGACCUGGAGAGCAGACUGUCUUCUCUGUUGGAAGGUUCCGGGUGACACAUCAUGACAAGAAGCUCCAUGGAGCUCCUAAUGCAUUGGUGAGUUCUGGAGACCAGCUGGACCAAUCCCAGGAGAGCGAUGAACGGAAAGAGGGCGGUUACAAUCUCAGAAGUUUGUUCAAGGAUGUUCGACCACCCUCAGAGAGCAUCAAUGGGGUUACUCCAAGUGCGGGGAAACGCCGAAAGAGUGUAACCAUAUUCGGGCUGAGGCGGGGCAGCGACCCUGCUGGCAUUAAAGUAAGCGAGGGGACAGGUAGAGAGAUCGCCGGUGUUAGAUUCGUUAUUCAGCAGCAACCCGUAGUGCUGGAGGAGCUGCUGCAAACAGAGAAGAAAGAAGUCGUCCCUGAAUGUGAUACUAAGCCUGGUAUCAAACCAGAAACCGAGCCAUCAAAGAAUCAGGCACCUGCUUCACCUCAACCUGAGGCUAAAACUUUAACUUCUCCUUCUUCCCAAAGUAAGAAUCAGGCCGAUGACUCUAUCUCUGCAAAUGAAAGUGGCUCUAAACACGUGCCUAGUCCUGAACCUUGUGCAAACCCUAUGAUCAAACCUUCCAUUGGGGGUACAGUAACUUCUGCCCCAAGGUCUUUGUCCAUCCCAUCUCCUGCUCCAUCUAGACCGGCUUUUAAGACAAUAGAGAAAGGAGGAGAUCUGGAUAUUAAUAUUUUAAAAAAUAAAGAGGCAUAUGAUCCUGGUCCGCUACAAACCUCUACACCCAUUGCCCCCAUACCUGGAUCUAUUUUAGGCUUUACUCCUCUCGUUCCUACUGGUAAGCCUGAACUUCCUUCUAGCACAGCUUUUCCAGUUACCCAAACACCGCCUGACCCAAGCUCGAGCCCAGAUCUGGAACCAGGUUUUGGCGAGAGUCUUGCUUUGAUAAGCUUAGGUUCAUCCCCUCCAUCAUCAUUGCCAAUCAAGACCCCAUCUCCAGUCUCUUCCUUAAAAAUUCCUGCCUCACCCACGACGAUCACACCAAGCCCCAAACUAAGUUCAAGGAAUAUGCCAUCAGAGGCUACAAAAACUACUUUUUCACCUGCCCUUACUCCAAGCCCCAAAUUUCAGUCAGGCCAAGUGGUGUCUGCUGGCUCCAAACUCGACAUGAUGCUAGUAUCACCACAAACCCUCUCUUCUUCUCCAGCUGAACUCUCCAUUGGAAGUUCACCUCACCUGACUUUGAAGUCAGAGAGUAUGAUGUCUGUAACUUCUAUGACCAAAGGGAAUAAGGUUUCAAGUCCAUUCUCUAUGAAGGAACAUGAGCUAGAAGGAACCAGAAUGCAAAAACAAGAAGAAAAGACAGAAAUAAAGAAAGUUGGAAUUCUCAAAACAGCUAAACUCUUACCAGAUGAGGGAGAUAAAGCUUCUAAAGCUUCUUCCCUUUCCUCCCCCACUAAUCAGUUUUCUAAAGACAGACUGAGUAGUUCAACUCUGCCCCCCCUCAGUCCACUGUCCCCAUCCUCACCUGUAGGGAGCAGAGUAAGUAAUGUGACCAUUGUCAAAGCCAGCCCUGACAGCAAGCGAGAGUUUUCUGUUGUCACGAUGAUGGAGGAGGAAAAACCUUCUUUCUCAAUGAAAGACCAGAAAGGAGAGACUUCUGAACUUGGAGCUGAAUCAGAAAUCAGUUUAGCAGUUGGUCAAGGAGGAAAAGUUUCUGUUUCAGGUGUUGGACAAUCUGAAAGUCAACAUGGAGAGACUUCUGGAACAGAUGCUAGGUCAAAGGUGAGCCAAGAAAAGGAUGAUAUGGUAGAGAUGGAAGACAUUAGGGACUGCAAAGUGACACAGGUGGAAGAAACAGAAAAGGCAGAGGAGUUGGAGGAGAAGGGAAACAUUUAGUUGAAACACAACCUAGAGUUCAAACUGUCUGAAAAUCCAAAGAAAGAAGUGAAGAGAGAAGGAAAUGUAGUGAUAAUGAUAUUAAGACCUUUUGAACAUGCCUUUGAUCAUUUAACAAAACCAAAUCUGGUUAAUUGACUAGCAGGGUGAAAAAUCAUCAGAUACUCUUCUGCUGCUAGAAAGGAUGAUACAAUGCAUGUUUUAGCCCUUUCACCACAAAUCAUAUGUAUGUAACACAACGGCUAAUCAGUUUGCAUGUCAUUCUUUCGUGUUUUAGAUUUUUGAAUGUUUUUUCCAACUUCCAAGCCAUUGGCUUCCGUUAUAUUAUACUAUUUGGGUUGUUUAUGGAGGAUAGAAUAAGCAAUUCAGGGUUUCAUUUCAUUAAUUGUUUUGUAUGUGACUGAUUUUUCAAUCAACGUAAACUGAUCAGCCAGGUGAUCAGUUUACGUUAUCUACUUGACUUACUAAUACACUGAUUACACUUUAGUCUUUAAUCAGAGGUGUGUGUGAUUAAUUUAUUGAUUUCACAUGAUUAUUUAUUGAUGUAUAAAGGUACUAAGGGCUGGCAACACUCUUGUCAACUGAUCUGCUUGAUUGUGAAUCAAAAUUAACAGCACAAUCACCAAUCACUGGGCAAUCAACAAGUGUUAAUUUUGUGAAUUUGCAGCAACUUCUUGUUGUUGUUUUUGGUUUGACCCUAUGCUAUAAUUUAGUUUCUUUUGGCAAGUACAGUAUGUUGCUGGGUUAAAACAGCCUUCAAAUCCCGCUCCUUGCUUGGCCAUUUCCUCACUGUGCUUCAGUUUUUAGCACAGUGAAGAGCUUCACAUUUAGAGUAUAAUAUAAGUAAUAAGGACAUGAUCCAUCACUGGCUUCCCACCAUACUAACACUAACACCAUGCAGGAGUCACUGAUGUAACCAUAUAGAGUACUCAUAACGUGUUAUUUGUAUACUACAUAUAGUUUUUAUACCAGUGUAUUCAGGUACUUCCAGUGGUAAAUAUACCACAUGUGGUGUAUACCAGUUCCUUCAGUCCCAGACUAUGUUGUUUUAGUCUUUCAGAAAUGUGAUAUUAAAGCUCAAGUUUGGGACUUUUUAAAUCUUAAAUCUGUAGCGAUUUUCCCACGCUGGUGAUACUGAUUGUUUAAUAUCACAUAGAGCUGAAGGGAGGAGCAACUAGGAGGUGGAGCCUACAGCAUCAUAAGGAUGUUGUUUGUGUAAUUACUCUCCAUGCCACAAGAGGGAAAAGAAAAGUUCUGCACUGCAGGUAUAAAACACUUACAUAUUUCCAAGCAUUUUAUUCACAAUAUAUUUUUCUGCUCGUGCAAUAAAUUGAACGCUUAAAUGGAGUGCAAAAUGACAAAUCACAAAUAUAAUAACAAGUACAACCUUGUGGGAGUGUUUGAAAUAAACUCUCAGACUACAAGAAAAGCUGUGAAACUUGGAGACUUGUAUGUUUGUAUUUUGAAGAACAUAUACAUAUCUAUUACCAUCUAUCUAUACAUAUGUAUGCGCAUGUACACACAUGUACACACACAUAGAUUUAUAUGUUUGUAUGUAUGUGCGUAUACAUUAGGACUGUUAAAAUAACACCUUGAUUUCAAUUAAUUAAUCACGAAAAAAAUUAAAACAAAAUUAAUGUUGACCUUUUACCCGUUUUGGCCACAGUGGCCUUGUAACAUGACAUUUAAAAACCACACAGACUGAACUGUUGACAAGAGCAUCGUUCUCUGCAAUUUCUGCAGUAAGGAAUUUUUGUACCAUCGGAGCACUUCAAGCCUGAAAUAUCACCUUAUCUCAAACCCGUAGGCCCGAGCCAUCCCAGCCCCUGAUGCUAGUGCUAGCAGCCAACCUCAUCAAGCCACACACAAAAUUGACGUAUGCAAUUAAUUUGAUUAAUUAAUGAUUGAUUAAUUUUAAUUUUGUUUGACAGCACUAGUGUGUGUGUGUGUGUGUGUGCGUUUGUGUAAAUAGACAGAUGUAGAUAUAUAUUAUGCACCAUGUGUCCAUACUCCCAAAAAUAUAGAACUACUUACUGCAUCAACAAAGCCAUCAUAUAUAUUUUGCUAUAGCAAUCUAAAAACGUGAUCUGGAGCACAUAUGGUGUUAAAUUCUAUGUAUUUUGACAGAAUCUUAAGAAAAACUUUUUGAAAAAAAAAAUGCAACAAAUUAAUUGAUAGUUGGGGGGGAUCUUAAGACAGAUAAAACGAAUUUCACAAAAUUUGGUUUCACAAGACUUAAGUUUUGUUUAAAGCCUGUACGACUGCCUGCCUCCUCAUGCAGAUGAUAAAAUGGUGAAUAGUGUAAAUUACCAAAAGAAGGAAAUUUUCUUUAAAUAUAAGAAAACAAACUUGCUGCAAAGCUACUGGAAGCUAAGUUAUUAUUUUUUAAAUAACCACUUGAAUCUUUAUUUCUUCUCUAGAAGAAGAAGAAGACCUUUUUUCACACAAAUAGUGAAGAGGAAUGAAAUUUCUUUAACAGAUAAAGUUAAGCGGCAAGUGAUAAAAUAUGUACGCGAUUUAUAGAGUUUAUAUAAACACAGUCUGUAAGUAUUUUAUGUCUGUAGGGAGUGUGGGUGACAUUAAACUGUGGAAGGAAAUAAGCAUUAGUUAAGAUUUCUAUUUGCUGGCACUCAGCCCGGUCUAUAUUUGAGCUCGUGGCCCUGGAGACUCGUUCUGGUAGAACAGAGGGAGAUUACCAGACACAGUUCAAAAGUUUGCAGGUCAGAGGUCAGCAUCAUUUCCUGGUCUUCAUGGGAAACCAACCAUGAGGCCUGCAGUCUGCGGGUCCAUUUUUCCUCUCACUCGUGUCUUUAUUUUGCCCCCAAAUUUUCAUUUCAAGCAUCUUCUGUUUGGCUUCAUGGCUUGCCAGCUCAGUGAAGUCUAACACCCUGUUCAGCUGGAAAUACAGUAACUUUAUCCAGACCUUAACAGUAUAUUUAGAUAUCUACAUGAUCUUGUAAUGUGGUCGUGAUGGACUGUGUGUCACCCUCUGCUGGUCAACACACACAUCACACCUUCACAUGUUACUCUGUAUUUCCAUCGCCUGCCUUCAUCAUUCCAAUGAUUAUGCUCCUAAACUUCUGUUUUGUCCUCAAAAUUCUGUCAACUACAAGCUGUUACUUUGCAGUACAAUAUAUGCUCUUGAAAGGUUAUGCAUAAUAAUCUUGUAAAUUACAAGAUUAAUGCUAACAUAAGUAUGUCUUAAGAAGACCAUGAUUUUUUGUUUCUUUUGCACUUAUGUAUCACAGCUAAAGCCAUUUUGCAACUAUUAACUAAACAAUUAACUAAAUUUAUGUACAUAGCACUGCAAAUAUCAAAUCAUGUGUAUGUUAAAAGAUAUAUCAUGUUUUAAAGGGGUACCUAUCAAUAGCCAUGUUAUUCAGGACAGAUUAAUCUGAAGCUCUGUGCAUCUGUAUUUUCUUCCUUCCAAUAACAGCAGUUUCCUGCAUGAAAUUUAUCGACAGUCUCCAUAAUGAUUUUAACAACUGAGGUCAAAGGCCUUCACCAAAACAUGAAACAACAAUCCAGAUCAAGUAAUAAGGUUGCAAAGUAGGGUGUGCUCAGAGCCGUCCAUAAGAAGGGAAAAGAGGGAGGCAAUAAUCGUGUUCGUCCUACACAUAAAUAGUGAUAACCAAAUUAUUUUUUGAGCCAAAAAUACUAAUAAUACCAAAUAUUACCAAAAUACUAUUUUGUUUAUUCUUGCUAUAGUAAAAUGUAGCCUGUUUCAUUAAAAAAAAACAAAGAGAAGCUACUAAACUACAACAACUAACUACUAGCUUGUCAAAGUGAAUGUCCUUGCUAAGCUGGGAAGUGCACAUAAAACUGUGAGGGCUGUAGACCCGAACUUGACUCAGCUCAGAGAGCUGCUCCUAUGCCACAGGAGAAUGAUAGCCAGGAGAUAACAUUACUACCAAAAGCUAGUUAGUGUCAGAGAAGGAGCCAUCACCUGUGAGGAAAAGGAUGAUUUCCAUAAUAAUGUUCAUGUGUUCCUGUGUUUAUGGAGGAUUGACUCUUAUGAGGAAAGAUUAAAGAGUAAAGUAGAUUAUAUGAAACAGUUUUUUUUUUCAUAUCUAGAAAUACACUAUAUAGACAAUAGUAUCCGGACAUACCUCUUUAUGGGGCUGCUGUUCAGGGUUUGGGCUCGGCUCCUUAUUGAUGUCAUUAAAGUCUCUGCUGGUGUAAUGGUCAGCUGUCCCAAUACUUUUGUCUAUAUGAUGACUAAUGAAAAGUCAGGAUCUGAAUGUUAUUGACAAUAUUUCAGAACUGUCUACAUCUGUUUAUAUGAAGUCUUAAGUAGGGCAACUAUCUCUUAACAGCUGAGUCACAACCAUCCCGAGGAUUUACACACCAGCAGCAGUAUGACUGUAUAAAUAUUGUACAGGUCCAGUGUGUUGUUUUCCUCACCAUUUAGUUGUCUGUGCCCUCAUUUCUGCCUUUGGUUGACACAUAACAGCAAUAACACAGAGAUCUGUAGUCCAUGAAAAUCCUUUUUUUUGUGCGUGUGUGCUUUUGACAGUGAUAUCAAUAAUAAAUACAUUUUAAUCAGCUUGCACCUUGUUGUUGACCUGUUGCUGAUAAUUUAUUACAAAUGUUAAAUAUCUGCGGUGAUACGACAAACAUCAAGCAUUACACAGAUCAGCAUCUGUCGAACUAUGUGUAUCGAAGCACCACUGAAAACUACAGAAUUUAUUCAUCAGUAAUAAGCCUUUAAACUGUUUAUUCUCCACAAUCACUAUAAAUCCUCAGAGCUGAUCAAACAGUGUGAUCAAAGCUUGGAAUACACGUACAGCAUAAUACACAUGAUGAGACUUGUAUAUUCCCAGAUGUAUCAUUAUUUACUCUAAUUAAAUAAAACACUAUAAGUGUGCUUUUCAAACCUG